CAAUCGAUCGAACUCCAUUAUUCCUCGCCACAAGAACACUUGAGCUCUACCAGAGGGGAGAGAUCAGGAUGGCGUCUGUCCUCGCUUCUACCAUCCUGCUCCUCGUCCUGGUCGCCGCGGCCGACGCGGCGACCUUCACGGUCAUCAACAAGUGCCAGUACACGGUGUGGGCGGCAGCGGUGCCGGCCGGCGGGGGCAGAAAGCUGGACGCGGGGCAGACGUGGAGCAUCGACGUGCCGGCGGGCACGACGGGCGGGCGCGUGUGGGCGCGCACGGGGUGCAACUUCGACAGCGCCGGCAACGGGCGGUGCCAGACGGGCGACUGCGGCGGCAAGCUGCAGUGCACGCAGUACGGGCAGGCGCCCAACACGCUGGCCGAGUUCGGGCUCAACAAGUACAUGAACCUCGACUUCUUCGACAUCUCCCUCAUCGACGGGUUCAACGUGCCCAUGUCUUUCAUCCCCGCCCCCGGCUCCCCCGGGUGCCCCAAGGGCGGGCCGCAGUGCCCUCGGGUGAUCACGCCGCAGUGCCCCAACGAGCUGCGGGCGGCCGGAGGGUGCAACAACGCGUGCACGGUGUUCAAGGAGGACCGGUACUGCUGCACAGGGUCGGCGGCGAACAACUGCGGGCCGACGGACUACUCGAGGUUCUUCAAGGGGCAGUGCUCCGAUGCCUACAGCUACCCCAAGGACGACGCCACCAGCACCUACACCUGCCCCGGCGGCACCAACUACCAGGUCAUCUUCUGCCCAUGAUCGAGCUAAAACUAGGCAGCCAUUGAAGCGGUCUCGAUCGGGCACACAGACAAGAAGGAGUCUAUCCGAUCUUAUAUCAAAAUAAGCGUGAUUGGAUGCAUAUGUUCAUAUGUACAAUCACAUGUAAGCGGGAAAGGGAUGUAUUCGACAAGGAAAUUGCUAAAAAGAUUUGAGAGAGCUAUUUACUAUA